UCCUUGUAGAAUUAUUUUUAUUUUUCACAAAAAAUUUGUAUUAUUUAGAGUUUCUUUUUUUUUCAAUUUUUAUUUUUUCCUUUUUCUUUUUCCGUCCUAAGAUCUAUUCCUAAAUUUAUUCGCAAUCAUUGUUUUGACGUUAUAUUAAUCAUGAGUAAAUUGCUGUUUAUUCGAAACAUUCGUGGCCUAGAUGAACCUUCACUCAGACAAAUUAUUAACAGUAAGAACUUGCCGUGUGGUACUAUAAUGUUUAAAUCAGGUGGAGCAUGUGCUACUGUUGACUUUAUGGAACCAUCCACUGCCGAAUAUGCUUUGACACAGCUCAAUGGUAUGCCGCUUCAAGACCAAACUCUUGUUGUUGAACCAUACAAUGGAUUGCAUAGUCAAAUGGUGAAAAAAGCAAGUUCAACAUAUCGUCGGGUAGUUAUGACUCCGAACGACAUGGACCAGAGUCAGCAGCAGGCCAAUCAGGGUAACACUCAAGAUUUCAACGGUUAUGCAUACGGUCAACAGAGUUCUCAAUUCCAACAGAGACAAGCUGCCGUCCAGAGGUAAAAUUAAUUGUUGAUA